UCCCAUCUUAGGGCUUAUGUAGUAAAGAGGGAGGAUGGAAGGCGGCAAAGUCGCGGUGCGCGAUCCAGCGCUGCCGCGAUGGUACUGUCAAAUGUGCAAGCAUCCAUUUGUGAUCUCUGGCGCGGAUGCCUACGCGGAGCGAGUCUCAGCUGCCGGCAGUGGGAGCGUCCUAGCUGCGAGCAGAAUGGAUCAAUCGUUCGUGCUCUUGCCGAAGCACAAAGCCGGCUAUCCUCCUCCAAGGCCGCGAGGGGCGAUGAAUUAUCCAACUCCUGGUUAUUAUCCAACCCCAGCUGCUGAGAGCCACCAUGGCGGAAGAACAAUGGAAGAGUCCUUUGUUGUGUUGCCUUCCGCAGCAGCAUCCAUGUAUAGGAACGAUUUGUCUGGCGAAGGCCAGGCUGGAAGCAGUGGAAAUUCCAGUGGCGGAGGAGCACAGCCACAGACAAGUAACGCUAGCUUCAAUGCUAGUGUGAAUGUCUUGACGAGGGUCUUCGAGAUUGCUUCGGCACAAACUCAGGUGGAUCAACCCCUGUGCCUCGAAUGCAUGCGUGUUUUGUCUGACGAGAUGGAAAAACAAAUUGAAGAGGUUACCAAGGACAUAAAAGAAUACGAGUCUUGUCUUGAUAGAUUCGAGAAGGAGCAACGGACUUCAGUGAGCGAGGAGGAGUUUACGGUUGAAGAAGAAAGAAAGCUUGAAGCGACGAUUGAGCAGCUUGAGCGACAAAAUCUGGAGGUGAAGUUGCAACUGGAAGACUAUGAGCGCAAGUUUAAAGAUCUCGAUGAAUUGGAACAAAGAUUCUGGCACGACUUCAACAACUUUAAACUUCGGCUCACUGUUCAUCAGGAGGAGAGAGACGCCGUCUUGGCAAAGAUUGACGUUGCAGGUGCACAAUUGACUGCGCUAAAAGCUGCAAACGUUCUGAACGAGGCGUUUUACAUUUGUCACGACGGUGAUUUUGGAACUAUUAACAAUUUCCGGCUUGGUCGCCUUCCAAAUGUUCAUGUGGAAUGGGAUGAGAUCAAUGCCGCCUGGGGACAGGCGUGUCUAUUGUUGCACACUAUGGCACAAUAUUGCCAACUCAAUUUUACGUAUGUAGACUUCUUUUUCCUUUUCUUUCUUUUGAAUUGUGUUGCUGCUUGCAGGUAUAGAUUGAUACCCAUGGGAAGUUAUGCCUGUAUUGCUGAUAGCAAAAACACAUACGAGCUCUACGGUCCAGUAAAUCUGUUUUGGAGCACGCACUUUGACAAAGCAAUGGUUUAUUUCCUCGCAUGUCUCAAAGAGUUUGCCGAUUUUGCAAAUGCCAAGGACCGGGCUGCUAGAGUGGCUCCAGGCAAAUGCUUCACGCUACCUUACUUGAUUGAGAAUGACAAGGUGGAAGGAUUUGCAAUCACUCAAAGCUUCAACCGACCAGAGAAGUGGACAAAGGCUCUCAAAUUUAUGCUGUGUAAUCUGAAAUGGUCAUUGUAUUGGCUUAUAGGGAACACACUAUUUCAACCAACGUCCCCUGUUAGUUCCUCCCUCACAAUCAGUACAUAAGGCGAAAACUACAGAUGUAUAUAAAAUCAGGACAAUAUAUAACAUUCCUUCCAACCUUUUCAUUU